GAGCUGUUUCUUUAUUAUCUUUUCUUUUGAACCUUAGGGUGGUGAUUAAGUUCGUUGGCGCACUCUAGCAGCCAAGAGAGUGCGACUGCAGAUCACAGGAUGGCAACCGAACUGGCGGCAAACCCCGGCUUUGGCGCUCUUCCUAAUGAGCUCGUGAUGAGCAUCAUUGAUUGCAUGCCAAUCGAAAACCCCAAAGACAUUCUCAAUCUCAGCCUGACCAGCCGGCGCAUGUACCUGCUGUCGCUCGACCACCUGUACAGUCAUGUCUUGGUAUCCUGCCCCUGGCCACUCACACGAACCCUUCUUCAUGACCCGAAGCUCGCGGCUCGUGUCCAGCAAGUAACAUGGAAUCUAAGUACCGGAAAAGACAAUAGCACUGAAAAUCGAAAAAUGCUUUCAAGGCUGAUGAGAUCGUUCGAGCCAGUUGGGGUACAACCGUCAAUAGAUCACGAGCGAUUAACUGCAACAUGGCGCGACCACGAGUUCAUGGCCUUCUUCAUAACGGUUACACCGGCUAUCGAAACGCUUACUAUCAAAGAAACAUAUGGAUGGAGAGACAAUAUCUACUGGUUCGGUAAGCCUGUAUCCGAAGCAGGAACGCUCCAGAAUCUGAGAAACGUUCACAUACACGGCCCGCUUUGUCUUGAGCAAAUCGCACACUUAUUCCGUGUUCCUUCGCUGCGCAACGUGACUAUUGUCGAUAUCGUUCAACUAGAGCGCCAAACCCACGACUACGUUGAGUGGAACGAUGAAAUACCGCUUUACACUGUACUCGAAAGGGGUGUUUCGGGCGUUGAAAACAUUGUCCUCAAGCGUGCUUGCGUGGAGACCAAAACACUAGCUCAUUUCACCGAGGCAUGCAGACAACUCAAGAGUUUUGCCUACGAACACGAUAUCCACAACAAUCUGCGGAGCCGGCGCUCGCCAAAUCUCAUAUCAAAGUUCGAGAGCCUUACCUCUGUGCUGACACACAACCGUGCAUCGCUUGAGCGGCUAUCUGUCCGCGGCGAUCAUCACAUGCUCUACCAGAAGCACAUGCUGCAGUUAGCAAGAUUGGCUUCCAGAAUGUCAAACUUACGCUCCUUGGAUAUGGGCUUGAUAGCGCACGACGAUGAUCCAGACCAAUGCACGCCCGAGUUCGUUGCUGAAUUGGUACGAUAUCUCCCGCCCACGCUCGAGGAGCUGACGUUCGAAAUCGACUGGCAGGAGCACUGGGGCUCAAAGGGAUGGGAGGGCCCGACGGAGAUACUACGCCAUCUCGCUGAUAUUGCACCUGCGACACUACCUCUGCUCAAGAGAGUGGCGGUUGUCGAUUGGCCACCCAAACUGGGGCAUUUCCCUCCAGACUUUGCCAUGCUAUAUCAAUGCUUUGCUGAGCAUAAUAUACACUUUGCCUCGAUUCCUGUCACGAUUGACGCACCGGAUCCGAUACGUAUAUCAGACUGUGUCGAGCCUGGGUGGAUUUUUGUAGAGGUUGCUGAUGUCGAAUGGCAUUACUAGAGAUUGAGAUAACUCUUAUCUUUCAUUUGCGAGCGUACAGCUUAUGGCAUAAGACUGGUAAGGACGAAAUUCCCUUCCCUCUCUUGUUGGUCCUUCAUAUUCUAGAAGUGCUUCUUCUUCUUGUCACCAAGGACAUCGAGUUAUUCGCCAUGCGUUUUUAUUCAAAAUAGUCUUGUUACGUCGGAAAUGCAUUUCGAGGAGCGAAUAGGUAGUGUUGAUUGCAGCUUUAGCUAUAUAUUAUGUUCAGUCCUAGUAGUAUUCAGUGUGAGAGUGAAUGCGAUUGAAUACACUAGACGUGAAUCAGAUAUGAAAUAUCCAAACAAUAGUUCG